CUCGAUCGAGAUCUGCGAAACUGGAAAAGUCAGACCCAUGCCGUUAGACGUUCGGUGGCCCAUGCCACCGGCUGGGCGUCCUUCCGCUAUUUGGAAUGUAGCGAGUCACGUUGUUAUGCCGACUGUUGGAAGUCUAUCGAAAAUGUUCGCAGAGCUGUGUAGUUAUUUCCGUUAUCAUAACGUUGAUCGGAUCCUCGCCGCCGUGGAAAAGCGACCAAGUGACGUCCCACUGAUAACUGCGAGCAAUCAUCAUUCAUGUCUUGACGACCCGAUCAUUUGGAGUAUGUUACCGAUGAGGAUCCUUCUUCGCAAUGAGAAAAUGCGCUGGUCGCUCGCAGCUCAUGACAUAUGCUACACCCGUGAGCUGCAUUCGAAUUUCUUCGCAUUGGGUCAAUGCAUUCCUGUUGUGCGCGGUGAUGGAGUUUAUCAGCGCGGAAUGAACUACUGCGUUGAGCUGCUCAAUCUAGGGAAAUGGGUGCACAUAUACCCCGAGGGAAGAGUCAACACGAAUCCCAAAGAAUUCCUCCGGUUGAAAUGGGGCGUGGGACGUUUGAUCUCGGAUAGCAGGGAUUGUCCGAUCGUCAUACCAUUCUGGCACAUCGGGAUGGAUAAAUUACUCCCGAAUAUCGAGCCGUACAGACCUCACGUGGGACAAGUAGUGACCCUCAAUGUUGGCUUGCCGAUCGACUUCAGUCAGAUGAAGCUGGAAAUGGAAGCUGCGAAGGCCGACGAUUUGACAAAGCGGAAAGCUUUCACCGAUGUGAUACAAACUCAUUUCGCCACUCUAAGAGAAGAAACCGAAGCCCUGCAUGAACUGCACCUCCGGAAUAGACGGAAAGCAAAAUGAUUGUUUACCCGUUAUCUGCGAUUGGACACUGCCAUUCGUCGUCACGAGACGACUCCGAAUAAAGUAUCGUCCCGUGUCGUUUCUUCAAAGCUGGUCGACGUCCGCUAUGCAGAGCGAGUGGAGUUCAGCUGAGAGGUAUACGGAGCGCGCUGAAGACUCGAAGAUCAA